AGUAAAUACUUUUAAAUAAAGAAGUGAAAAAUUUCCUUCACUCUUUAGACCCAUAAUCUUAUCUCAGGAAAUAAUUGCUAUUGAGAAAACGGGCCAUAUCCUUCAAGAUACAUACAGGCUGAUUGAACAUCACUUCACAUUUUCAUAUUUCGUGGACAUUUGUGCCAAUACCUAUUGAUCUAUCUUAAUCCUUUUCAUGGUUACAUAAUAUUUGAUUAUAUGGAUGUAUCACAAUUUACCAGUCAGCUGCUGUAGGCAUUUAGGCUCCUUCUAAUAUUUGCUUUGAGCUCUUUAUAAUUAAAAAUUAACCCCCUCAGCCAGGUGUGGCAGCUCACACCUGUAAUCCCAGCACUUUGGAAGGCUGAGGUGGGAGAACUGCCUGAGUGUAGGAGAUCACCACCAGCCUGGUCAACAUAGCGACACUACGUCUCUACUAAAAAUUAAAAAAUAAAAAGAGCUACACAUUGCAGUGCACACCUGUAGUCCCAGCUACUGGGGAGGCUAAGACUGAAGGAUCACUUGAGCCUAGAAGGUUGAGGCUGCAGUAAGCUAUGAUCAUACUACUGCACUUUACUUUGGUGAGAGCAAGACUGUGUUUCUGAAAUAAAAUAAACAUUAGAUGGGAAUAUUGCUCGAGCCCUGGAGGUUGAGGCUGCAGUUAACUGUGAUUGCACCACUGCAGUCCAGCCUAGGCGAUAGAGCAAGACCCUUUCUCUAAAAAUAAAAUAAAAUAAAAAUUAACCUUCCAUCAUAUUUCCCAGUAGCACCUUCCCUCCUACGUUUCUCCUAGAAGCCCUUGAAUUUUGUUUGUUUUUCACAUACCAUUUAAAACUUUCAAGUACUGACGUCUGUCUGUGUCAUCCCUCUUUUUUUUUUUCUUUUAAAGAAUGUCUUUUUGUCACUUCCGGCUCGAUCUACCAUGAAAGAUUUCUGAAUCCAGGAAGAGAGACUGACUGGGCAACAUGUUAUUCAGAUGGGGUCUUCUUAUGUUGCCCAGGAUGGUCUCAAAUUCCUAGGCUCAAGUGAUUCCGCCCACCUCUGCCUCCCAAAGUGCUGGGAUUACAGGCAUGAGCCACCGCAUCUGGCCAGCUUAUUUUCUAUUACUGGCUCAAUGUAAAGGCUCCAUCUCAGGAACAGCCAAUGAAAGAGAUGCACAGGACGAGGAACAGGACCUUGCCCUGUCACUCAGGAUGGAGUUCAGUUGUCCAAUCAUGGCUCAUUGUAGCCUCAAACUCCCAGGCUCAAGCAAUCCUACCAUGUCAGCCUUCCCAGUAGCUGGUAACACUGGUCUCACGCUGUCACUCAGGCUGGAGUACAGUGGCACAACCUCUGCUCACUGCAGCCUCCACCUGCCAGGCUCAAGCAAUUCUCCUGACUUAGCCUCCCGAGUAGCUGGGAUUACCAGUAAGUGCCACCACACCGAGCUAAUUUUUGUGUUUUUUGUAGAGAUGGGGUUUCGCCAUGUUUCCCAGACUGGUCUCAAACUCCUGAGCUCAAAGCAAUUCACCCACCUUGGCCUCCCAAAGUGCUGGGAUUAGAGGUGUGAGCCACCUUGCUCAUUCUAGUUUAAACUUUUGAGUGGUUUCUGUCUCCUGAUUGGACUCCUACAAAUACAGAAUUGAUGGUAGGAAGGGUACCAGGAGAUAGACCCACACAGAUGGGAUUUGGGAAUAAGUUUGGUUAUCCAAGGAGCAGUGCUGAGCUCCUUGCCAGUGGGAUAUGGGAUGCUGGUGAUUUCCAGGAAGUGACCUCACAAUGACUCAAGCUACCACUUACUGUUGAUUGUG